ACAUUCUCUUUCACAAAACCAUGACCAGUCCUGCCACACCAACAAGUACUGCUAACGCUGCGAACAUCAUAACUGCGCUAGGUGCAGCGUUCAAGAACCAGAAUGGCGAUCCACUCCCAGGAGAACGUAUUGCUCAGCUACUCAUUCAGAAUAUGGGACAACUAUCCGAAUUAGCCAAGCAAGGCAAACUAAACCAGCAACAAAUCCUGCAGCUAAAGGAGUAUGCAGACAAGCAUAAAGUCGCAGGUCCUACGCCCACACAGCCCGCCGCUACCACGUCUGCGUUCAAGACCUCGAAUCCGAGUCCCUUCUUGAAUCAAUAUACGACACAGACCGACACCUACCCUAUUAGCCAGUCCAUUACUCCGACCAGUACUGGAGCCGCUCCGUGGCCAUCUGCUCAGCAGGGUAGACCGACACUUACCGGAGGCAUUCCCAGUGGCCGUGUAGCUGGUACACCCGCGCAGAUUGCGAAGAACCCAGAAGAUGUGAACAUGACAUUGGAGGAUACACGAGCACGAAGAAAAAAUGCACCUGCUGAUCAGAGUAUGCGGCGGUCGAUCCAAGAUUUGGUUGCGAGUAUAGACCCCAAUGUAAAGAUUGAGCCCGAAGUGGAAGACUUGCUCCUGGAUGUCGCGGACGAGUUCAUUGAUUCCGUGACCAACUUUGGCUGCCGUCUUGCGAAACAUAGAGGUGCGGAUACACUCGAAAUCAAGGAUCUACAAUUACAUCUUGAACGUAAUCACAACAUUCGGAUACCUGGCUUUGCCUCAGACGAGACCCGAAUAUCGAUGUCUCAAACGGCGAUUGCACCGGCAGUGCCUGCUCCUGCUGCAGGCAAGAAGGGGGUUCCGAGUACACAAACCUCGGGACGAACGCAUCGUUUGGCGCAAGUCGCCCAAGCGAAGAGGGAGGCAAAGUUAAUGUAGGCACCCUCGCGGUUUGACCGUCUAGUAGUCAUCAUCACUUCAUAUCCUUUCGUCAUGUUUUCUGUUCUCAUUGUUUCUGUACUUGGGACCUCACUGUAUUUACUGUGUGUACUAUUAUAUCAAGCAUUGAAUUACGAUCUGACAUCUAUGGUAUGCAAUCCAUGGUGAUCUUAGAUCUAUAAUU